GACGGGAGGAGAGGCGGGGAAGUGGAGAUUUGGAGAAGUGGAGAGGAGAGGCGGAGAGAGGGAAGCGGGCAGGCGCCGGGACUCUGGCAAACUUGGAGCGGGACACGCCUUCCCCCGCCGCAGCCCCGCGCCGGCUCUGGCUGGCCCCCUGUCCUGCCCCGCUCUGCCCUGCUCGCCGGCCCGAGUGCGGGGCCCGGGCUACCGCGAGUCCGGGCGGCCCCUUCGCGCACUGUCCGCUUGGCUCUGCCCGCCCCCGGGACCGGACUGCUGGAGGCGGCGGCGGCCGCGGUGGCUGCGGGCUGGCCCGCCUGCCGCCUGAGCUGGGACAAUGACUGAGGCGCGGAGGGACAGCUCCAGCAGCUUACAGCGAAAGAAGCCACCGUGGCUCAAACUGGACAUCCCAGCUUCCACCCUGGCCCCUGCUUUGGCCCCGGCCCCGGCCCCAAUCCCAGUCAUGGCCUCAGCAGCUGAGGAGCCCAUCUUUGUGCCGCCUCUGAAGCGCCAAGCCUUUCUUCGGAGUAUAAGCAUGCCAGCCGAGAGUGCUCGAGUUCCGUCCCCCCAUGAACCGACCCGGCGCCCGGCCUUGCAGAGACAGACGUCCAUCACCCAGACCAUCCGCAGCAGCCGACAGGUUCACUUUGAACGAAUCCACACCCUGCCCAUCCUGGGCCACCAGGCCUCCCGCCGACCCCUCCGCAAGCGCCAGUCUCUCUCUCGCUCCCUGCUCAGGGGCACGGCUGACUGGUUUGGGGUAAGCAAGGACAGUGACACCAACCAGAAAUGGCAACGCAAGAGCAUCCGCCACUGCAGCCAGCGAUAUGGGAAGCUGAAGCCUCAAGUGAUCCGGGAGAUGGAUCUGCCGAGCCAGGACAACAUCUCUCUCACCAGCACAGAGACUCCUCCCCCGCUGUAUGUAGGGCCCUGCCAGCUGGGCAUGCAGAAGAUCAUCGACCCACUGGCCCGAGGCCGGGCGUUCCGCGUGGCAGAUGACACAGAUGGCUACAGCAUUCCUCACACACCCAUCACACCUGGGGCCACCUCCCUUUGCUCCUUCACUAGCUCCCGAUCUGGCUUCAAUCGUCUGCCAAGGAGGCGGAAGAGAGAAUCUGUCGCCAAGAUGAGCUUCCGGGCAGCAGCAGCUCUUGUGAAGGGCCGUUCCAUGAGGGAAAGUACCUUGCGCAGGGCCCAGAGACGAAGCUUCACACCUGCCAGCUUCCUAGAGGAAGAUACCGUGGACUUCCCCGAUGAGCUGGAUACCUCGUUCUUUGCUCGGGAAGGAGGCCUCCACGAGGAGCUGUCCACCUACCCAGAUGAGGUGUUUGAGUCGCCUUCGGAAGCCGCCCUCAAAGAGUGGGAAGAAAAGCCCCCAGAGCAGGUGGACCUCACGGGGGGCGCCCUGGACAAGAGUGAACUGGAAAGAAGCCAUCUGAUGCUACCUCUGGAGCGGGGGUGGCGGAAGCAGAAGGAAGGGGCAUCCAUAGCCCCCCAGCCCAAGGUGCGGCUGCGGCAGGAGGUGGUGAGUGUGGCAGGGCCACGGCGGGGUCAGCGCAUUGCUGUGCCGGUCAGGAAGCUGUUUGCCAAAGAAAAGAGACCCUAUGGACUGGGCAUGGUGGGUCGGCUCACCAAUCGCACCUAUCGGAAGCGCAUCGACAGCUAUGUUAAGCGGCAGAUUGAGGACAUGGAUGACCACAGGCCCUUCUUCACCUACUGGCUGACCUUCGUCCACUCUCUGAUCACCAUCCUGGCCGUGUGUAUCUACGGCAUUGCUCCUGUUGGCUUCUCUCAGCAUGAGACAGUAGACUCGGUGCUGAGGAACAGAGGAGUUUAUGAGAAUGUUAAGUAUGUGCAACAGGAGAACUUCUGGAUUGGCCCAAGUUCAGAGGCACUCAUCCACCUCGGGGCCAAGUUCUCCCCAUGCAUGCGGCAGGACCAGCAAGUGCACAACUUCAUCCAGGCCACCAGGGAGCGAGAGAAGCACUCUGCCUGCUGUGUUCGGAAUGACCGAUCGGGCUGUGUGCAGACUUCCGAGGAGGAGUGCUCUUCCACGCUGGCUGUAUGGGUGAAGUGGCCUAUUCACCCCAGCACACCAUACCUGGCUGGGAACAAGAGACAGUUUGGGUCUGUCUGCCACCAGGACCCCAGGGUAUGUGACGAGCCAUCCUCCGAGGACCCACACGAAUGGCCAGAUGACAUCACUAAAUGGCCGAUCUGCACCAAAAAUAGCGCUGGAAACCAUACCAACCACCUCCACAUGGACUGUGUCAUCACCGGGAGGCCUUGCUGCAUCGGUACCAAAGGAAGGUGUGAAAUCACCUCUCGGGAAUACUGUGACUUCAUGAAGGGCUAUUUCCAUGAGGAGGCCACAUUGUGCUCCCAGGUACACUGCAUGGAUGAUGUCUGUGGCCUUCUGCCCUUCCUUAACCCUGAGGUUCCUGACCAGUUCUAUCGUCUCUGGCUCUCCCUUUUCCUACAUGCUGGGAUUUUGCACUGCCUCGUGUCUGUCUGCUUCCAGAUGACCAUCCUUAGGGACCUGGAGAAGCUAGCUGGGUGGCACCGCAUAUCCAUCAUCUACCUUCUGAGUGGUAUCACAGGCAACCUGGCUAGUGCCAUUUUCCUGCCCUACAGGGCUGAGGUUGGCCCCGCAGGCUCCCAGUUCGGCAUCCUUGCCUGCCUCUUUGUGGAGCUGUUCCAGAGCUGGCAGAUCCUGGCUCGGCCUUGGCGAGCCUUCUUCAAGCUUUUGGCCGUGGUGCUGUUCCUCUUCACCUUUGGUCUCCUGCCCUGGAUCGACAACUUUGCCCACAUCUCUGGCUUCAUCAGUGGCUUCUUCCUUUCCUUUGCCUUCUUGCCCUACAUCAGCUUUGGCAAGUUCGACCUGUAUCGCAAGCGGUGCCAGAUCAUUGUCUUUCAGAUCAUCUUCCUGGGGCUCCUCUCUGGCCUGGUCAUCCUCUUCUACUUCUACCCGAUCCGCUGUGAGUGGUGUGAGUUCCUCACAUGCAUCCCCUUCACAGACAAGUUUUGCGAGAAAUAUGAAUUGGAUGCUCAGCUCCACUGA